CAAAGAUUCCCAAAAGGAAAAAAAAUGGUGGCAGUCAUCGCUGUUUCUUCUCCAAAUUCAACUCUUUUUCAUAGUCCAAUCUCUUUAAGAGAUUCCAAUUUGAGUUUCCUUGGUAAUUCCUUGAAGGGAUUUUCUUUAGAGUUGAAACCAAGAAGAAGCCAGCAAAAGGAUUGCAAUUUCAGCUUGGUGGUUGCUUCAGCUGGUUCUGGUUCCACCGCCGCCGCAGCUGGAAGAGAUAGUGGUGGCUCCGCCAACAGGUUUUACUUUAAUAUCACUGGCUUCCCUUUCCCCCUCGGUCCUUUUCUUAACAGGCGCACCACUAGGACUGAGGCUGUGAAAGGCUCCAUAUGGCUAUUCGAACAAGAGCAAGCUUUAGGGUUCAGCAGUGUGUCCACAAACAUUCGGAUGACAGUCAUCAAACUGAAAUCUGGGGGACUAUGGGUUCAUGCACCUAUUGCCCCUACCAAAGAGUGCAUUGAGCUUCUGAAGGAAUUAGGAGCUCCGGUAGAAUACAUUGUCCUGCCUACAUUUGCAUACGAGCAUAAGAUUUUCGUGGGUCCAUUUUCUAGAAAAUUUCCAAAGGCUCAAGUUUGGGUGGCACCGAGGCAGUGGAGCUGGCCCUUGAAUUUACCCCUCGAGUUUUUCGGGAUUUUUCGUGCCAAAAUCUUGAAAAACAACGAUCCAUCAACUCCAUGGGCGGAUGAGAUUGAACAGAAAGUUCUGAGCUCACCAGAAGUUGGGAUUGGACCAUACGUAGAGGUUGCUUUCUAUCAUAAACGUUCGAGAACACUUCUGGUUACAGACGCUGUCAUAUAUGUUCCGAAAAAGCCACCAGAGUGUAUCAACAAAGAGUACCUCUUGGCAUCAGCCAAAAAUGGAUUGGCAGUGAAGAUUCUUAGCAAAGGGAAGAAAGUUAUUGAUGAACCGGUUGUUGACAACGAAAGAAACCGUCAAAAAGGAUGGGAAAGAAUGGUUCUACAGAUACUGUUCCUCGGUCCGUCGAAUCUUUUGGAACCAAAUGCUAGUUUUGCUCAGAUGUCUCAAAAGUUAAUUGUUUCUCCGAUUGUAAAGACACUAGUCUUCAGCAAAGUUCCAGAAAAGGUUCGGGAUUGGAUCGAUGGCAUUGCAAGGGACUGGAAAUUUAAGAGGAUAAUCCCAGCACAUUUCGCAGGACCAAUCAAAGCAGGCCGAGCCGAACUGUUAACUGCAUUUGUAUUUCUUGAUGAUCUUUUGGGUGAGCGUUAUGUCACUCGGCCUUCACUCUCUCUUCUCUUCACAUCACUCAUGGGGAAGGCAGCCAGUUACUUCCCGCCAGAUGAUAUGAGGACCUUAUCAUCCCUCGAUGAGUUUUUAGUGUCCGUCAGAGCUGUUAAAAAGACGGUCUCAGGUCGGAAACGAUGACAUGGAGCUCCUUAACCCGCAGGAACUUAGAUAUGUCUAAGCUUAUACAUCAUCGUAUACCAUUUCACAAUUAUGCAAACAUGUUUAUAAUCUUAAGGGCAACAAAACAAGAUUUUUUAUUA